GUAGAGUUGGUUGGGGGUGGGGGAGGGAAAUUGGAGUUAUAAAAUGGCGGCUUAGAGUGUAUUGGGCGCUGCUCCCCCGGCCAUCUCUGGCUGACCUCGCAGGUCUCUCUCCCUGCUUAACACAGAGAGGCGAGGCGAGGCCCCCAGAGGACAUGGUGUUUGAGACCUGGGGCUUGCUGACCACCAAAUCCUUCGAGAACCUCGGCGCACCGGAAGCGACCGGGCGCGCCCAGCGAGUCGGGCAGCGGCCGCUUCCGACCCGAGGCCCGUGCGGCUGCAACCUCGCACCUGCUGGCUGUUGCGCACCCGGCUUUCGCCGCACCCACAACCCAGCAAGUGCCGCGGCGGCCGCCUGGGAGGUUUGAAAAAAUGGCCAAAAGAAUUGCCGAGAAGGAAUUGACCGACAGGAACUGGGAUCAAGAAGACGAAGCAGAGGAGGUGGGAACGUUCUCAGUGGCCAGUGAGGAGGUCUUGAAGAAUAGAGCCAUCAAGAAGGCAAAGCGUAGAAAUGUUGGAUUUGAAUCUGAUAGUGGAGAGGCCUUUAAAGGUUUUAAAGGUUUGGUGGCACCAUCCGGAGGAGGAGGGUUUUCUGGCUUUGGGAACGGUGCCGGAGGGAAGCCUCUGGAAGGGCUGUCUAACGGAAGCAUUGUGACCAGUGCCCCGCCCUUUUCUGGUUCCACGGCGGCGAGUGAGACCAAGGCAGCCUUUGGAUCUGUUGCCGCUAAUGGUCCUCCCUCCUUGGUCGAUAAAAAGAUUUUAAAUCCCAAAACUAACGGUGACAGCCAGGAGCCCUCCCCCGCGGGGCCCCCCGGCGCCGCCUACACCAAGCAGCUGGCCGCCCUGAACCGCUCCGUGCGGGACUGGAUCGCCAAGCACGUCAAUGCCAACCCGCUCUGCGACCUGACGCCCAUCUUCAAGGACUACGAGCAGCACCUCGCGGGCAUCGAGCAGCAGCUCCGCGGCGGGGGGCGGGGCUCCGCAGGCCCCGCCCCGCCCCCGCCCCUCCUCGGGCCGGCGGCCUCACAGCGGGAGUCGACGUUUUUGUUUCCUGGCAGCAAAACGGAGGACCCGUCUGAAACGAAGACCGAGGCGGACUCUGAAGAGAAAGCGGACCCGGCGGUGGGAGCAAGCGCCUCGUUCAGCUUCGGCAAGAAGAUCGACAGCUCUGUCUUGGGCUCCUUAAACUCUGGCCCGCUGACUGGAUUUUCGUUUUCUUCUGGAAACGCCAGCUUAUUUGGCAAAGAUCUUAGCCAGAACAAACCGGUCUCUUCCCCGUUCUCCGCGAAGGCGCCGGAGGAGCAAGCCGAGGACGGCAGCAGCGACUGCAAAGGCGGAGACGAAGAGGACGACGAGCCCCCCAAAGUAGUGGUCACCGAAGUGAAAGAGGAAGACGCGUUUUACUCCAAGAAGUGUAAACUGUUCUACAAGAAAGACAAUGAAUUUAAGGAGAAAGGUGUGGGCACUUUGCAUUUAAAACCUGCGGCGAAUCAGAAGACCCAGCUGUUAGUGCGGGCAGACACCAACCUAGGCAACAUCCUGCUGAACGUGCUGAUUCCGCCCAACAUGCCGUGCUCCCGGACGGGGAAGAACAACGUGCUGAUGGUGUGUGUCCCCAACCCGCCCCUCGAUGAGAAGAACGCCACCGUCCCUGUCACCAUGUUGAUCCGGGUAAAAACAGGCGAGGACGCAGACGAGCUGCACAAAAUUUUACUGGAGAAAAAGGAUGCCUGAACGCCCUCCGCCAGCUGCUGCCCCCGCGCCCUCUCCCUCCUGCGACCUUCCCGAGGACUGCAGCUAACGUGAGCCUUCUGUGCGGAGGACGAGUGUGGCCAAUAAAACCUUUAAAUCUUAAGUGUCAAGAAACUACUCUCCCUUCUUAAGAACUCUCUCAUGUGUGAAAUACGUUUGAAUGAAGUUUUUUGGAAGAUUUUUAACGUUCAUUUAUUAAACUGACCGCAAGUGAUUUCUUAAUAGACUAAAAUCAGGGUAUCGAUUAGACUUCCCAAAGGCUGUUCCAACCCACGGGUUUGGGGUCUGCUGCCCCGGCCGACAAGGUGUCCCGGCGAGCCCUGCAUCCAGAAGGAACCCGGCCUGCGGCGUCCUCUCUGGGGGCCUGACUGAUUCCGGAGGACAGCACCGUUUCCCAGUGAACCCUGCCACCACGCCGGGACAGAGGGCUCUUUCCUCUGCCGAGCGGGCUUGCUGCUCGAAAGCCGGGUCCUGAACACCAGAUGCCCCCCCUCCAGCUCUAGGGGCUUUAGCUUUUUAUUUGCAGACAUUGAUCGGCCUUUUAACCCUGCAGCCUGCUUUACCUGAUUCAGGGGCUGCUUUUUCAUUUUAAAAGGACACCAGUAGCUUGUCCUUUGGUUUGCAGGCCGGGUUUUACAGCGUCCCCCCGGUGCUGUCACCAGUGCACCCCCUGCAGACAGACGGUGGGGGCGGCGUCAGGAAUGAGGUUCUGGAAGCACAGACUUGGUAGCUUGUCGCUGAAGGGCCGUAGACAUACCCUGGUGAAGAAGAAGGUUAAGCCACAGAGCACGGCCUGCAGGAAGGCACGUCUGCCCCGGCGGUCUGUGCCGUGACGCGCCCCUGGGGCCUCGCCGCGCUGUGGGGGCCCGGGAGCUCUGCCGCGGCCGCCGAGUGUGCCCGCCGGGAACACGCGGGGAGCGACGGGAGCCGUGCAGAUGCUGCCUUUAGCCUGAGACAGAACAGCGUUGUUCUGCGUCUGGGAAGUGUCCAGGCACUUGAAGAGUGAGGGCUGCAGUCUGUCCGUUGGGAAGGGAGCCACAGCUGUGCACGGGAAGAGCCUGCCGCUUGGCCAUCGCCGCUGGGUACCUAAUCCUCGCCGCCUCGGAACACUCCGGGCACGUGAAUGAGGUGCAGAUUCUAACGUUUAAGUGUCCGUUUUCAUUCCUCAUUAAUCCUUCAAUGAUCUUGUUUUAAAGGCUCAGGGUCCGUGCCUGAGGGCUCACAUUUGUAUAUUCUGAUCUUCAGCACGUACAGAAUGUCUUCUGACUUAGGAAGGAACAGGCACAAUAACUAUAGAUAGUACAGUUGGGUUUUUUUUUAACAAAAAAAGCUAUAAUUUUUAGAUAUAAAGGGGGGCAGGGAAACCGUUUUAUGAUCAACUGUGUUAAACACUUGAAGUGUGGUCGUUGGCCCGACGUUUAGCGUGAGAUUCUUGUACUUGUUUUCUCCUUCCGGUGAGAGACUGUGGCCCCCGCGUGUGACUGGAGCCUACACUCUGGAAUGUGGCGGGGCCUUCGGGGUCGGGAGGACCGGGGAGGAGUGGCGAUCGCCGUGUGUUUUCCUUCUAGAACUGAGAGCAGCGGUGAGGUUUUGCUCCCGGUGAUUGGUGGGAGGCGGGUGUUGGCCCGCUGCCGCGGUGGCGGUCCUGCUCCCUCGCCCGAGGGUCCUCCAGCUGCUGGGAGGACGAGGGCGUGCAGGCCCCGUGGGUCCCGCCCCUGGCCACACGGGCCCUGUGGUCCCCAGGCGCCUCAGGGGCUCCCCGGUGGCAGGAGCUUCGGCCUGUCCGCCAGGACGUUUACCAAAAAUGACCCGAAAAUAUCAGAAUUGGGUCACCUCUCAACCCGCCUGGAAAAGUGGUCCGUGUCUCUCUGAAUUAGUGGGUAUGUGUGACUUUCUCUGUUCCUGACAUUCCAGCAAACUUGCUGCUACAACUCACUGUGAAAGUGACAGUUCCAGGGGCACGCGUGACGUGUGCGCCGUCACUCACAGCCUGUCUUUCCUCCGUGUCCCGUCUGCGUUAGGGACUUUGGCCUCCACUGACCCAGAGGAGCCUGAGGGCUUGUCCGUGACUCGGGGCCCCCGCCCCCUCGCCUUCCCAGCUCAGUUCCACCCCUGGCUUCCGUUAGACUUGUGUUUAACAAAAUGCUGGGGAUUAGGCUCUAAAGUGUCUAAUGUAGACGGAAGUGCUUGUAUUUAGUCGGAGGGUCUGUGGCGUGUGUCCUCUGUGUGGCCCGAACGGAGGUUUUCACCCUUCACCCUGAUCUAGCUGCGUCAGACCGCGUGUCCUGGGGGCCUUGUUUUUGAAGCUGCUGUGUGCCCGUGUCCUCCCCCCGAGCGGUCCCCAGCAAGCAGAGAACUGGGCGUGUGCCGUCUUCAGUUCCAGAAUCACAGGCUGGAAACGUGUGCCUGGUGUGGAAGGCAGUGUGGAGUGUGCUUUCUGCGGAAAGACCCGUCCGGCCGUUGAUGGAGGGACUUGUUUUACGAUCUCACUCUACAUAGUUUCGAAAAGCUGCAUGCCAAAAAGAUCUACCUGUUCUGGGGUAGAGAACAGACAAUUCUGCCUUCGUAUCAGACUGCAGAACAAGCUGCCACUGAGAACAGCCUUUUUUGGUUUAGUUUUCAAGUCGGAACAAGUGGCUUGCUCGUGAGCAGCCGUCACGCACUCGCGCAGUUGCGGGGCCGUGGCAGGCGCUGCGGACCAAUGGCUCACUCCCCAGGCCCGGGGUACUCGUGCUCAUGCUGGAAGUGAGAAUCUGUGGUAGGAACUAACGUGUCCUGAGGUCCCAGUGGGGACCCGGAGCAGCCCAUCUGCCGGAGGCCGUCGGGAAAGGACCGGAGACUCCGCACCGAGGCAGGUGCAGUGGUAACGGCUGCAAGACCUCUUAGCCGUCAGAUGGGUAAGAGGUUUGCUUUCUAUUUUACAUAGGAACUUGUUUUCUAAAACUAAAGUACUUGAACUGUCAGACAAUGUAAUCUCAAUUUGUAUUAGUUUUUGAGGAAGUGUAAUAUCCAUGAAAUGUGAAUAAAUGGAAAGUAAACAAAAA